CACGUGACUUGAUACUGCUCAAUAAUGUAAACACUGGCAUCUCUUCACCGAUCUAAAUUCAUAUUCAGCAGUUCAUCCCGUCCUCGAUGGAUCUUGCAAACGACAUUCGGGGAUAUAUUGAUGAAUUGAUCGACCCUAAUGCAGAUACGGCCCAAGCUCUUUUCAAGCUCGAGAACAAGGCGAAUGUUGAUGGGCUUCUGGCUGCGGAGCUAUCAACUUUACUAGACCUCGUCUUUGAGCCCAUGGUGAGCUCAAUGGUGAGAAACCGGCUACUCAAAAACUGUUUGAUUCCACGUGGGGACUACUUUAUUUCGCCUGAUGUCUUUUUGCGUGUUCUUGGGGUCAUAGGUGCGCCCGAGAUAUACUACAAGAAUGGCAAACAGCAUAAACUGAAGCGAUUCUCUUUACCCACACAACAAAGAAUCUUGCAAUGGACCAUAAGUAUACUACCGUUCUUCGGACUGAAUGUGUACUCAGUCCCACGUCGGUCUCUUCCGAUUCUCUUUGGGUUACUAUCAUAUGAGUUUCUGCGGCCUUACAUUGUGACGUUGAUCAUCAUAGCCACAACAUCAAGAGCUGAUGAUAUUCACAAAGUUAAUUGCAAAAGUGUCAAGCAUAGUUUUCGAAAGUCUGCACUUCGUUCGUGGCAUGCACGCUUGACAUCAGACCUUCUUCAAAGGUUCCCGCUUGAUCCAUCCCUCAGACUCCUAGCUUUGCACAUUUCUAGGUCCGAAAGCCCGCUAAACCUACACCAGAUCUUCCGCUCGAAUGAGAUCCCGCCGCUCAAGCCAUCUGAGGUGAGAAUAGUUGCUGAUGCUCCUCCAGUAUCUCGUCUCAAAAAUACACUCAAUGACGAGUGCAGCCAAGAAAUCUUGAGAAUCCAUCAUGAUCUCUUGCAGAUAUACCAACAAGUUGAGCGAAGUGCGAAAAAACGAAAAAUAGAUUCACAAAUGACUUCCAGAACAGACCUCUUAAACCAGGUGCUGAAAGGACUGCAGGUUCCGAUCAGUUCUGUUUAUUCGGUGACCACGCUUAUUUCCAACCUAGAAAACAUUAAUUUCAUUAAUCCCAGCUCUGUUUUUGCGAAAACACAAUCACAGAACCACAAGUACAGAAAUUUGUACGUGAGUCUUGUUCUUCGAACCGCUGGCCACACCAGUCACAUUCACAAGAAGCUCUCAGCGGCACUUCUGCAUCAUGUCUUGGCGGAUAAUUCUACGUACCGUGACUCUGGUAAUCAUCUGAUUGAAAAUUUUGCCCGAUACGACACUAUGUCUUUCUUUACGAGUGAAAUGGAAAUGUUCAUGGAGAACUCCAUAUGCAGAGCUAACGGAAACAUGCUCUACUUGAACAAGCAGGUGUACUUCAUACAAUACUUCUAUCUCGCAAAAACAGAAGUUACUCUACGGUCAUUGAGCAGCAUAUUUGCAUGUGUUGACAAAUUGCUAGUCAGAAAUGAACGCAAUGUUCAAGAUUCGUUUCCCGAAUUUUUGUCUGGAUUGACUAUGCUCCUUAGUAGAUGUGUGGUUACUGAUGUGAGUGGUACUGAUGAGAUUUUAAAGUCAAUUACCCAGCAGCUAUGGGAUUUGAUAGAGAAACAUCGGAGUAUUCUAAAUUUAUCGUGCAAGCUUUCGUUCCUCAUGUUUAUGAAUCAUGCAGUUGAAUUGGUAACUCAGGAUUCGAGAUCUUGGUCAAACCCUGCAUGCCUCAUCCCACCACCAUCAUUGAUGUUUCUGCUCGUUUCAUCUGUGCACCCACUCAUUGUUUCAGAAGCACUCGGAUUGAUUGCGGCGCUAAAGAAGAUCAAGCUCUCAGAAGAAGAUAUCCUUAAGCUGGCUUUCAAGAAUACGUACGUUAUGGAUUCCAUCAACUUUGUGUGGCGCGACAUGGCGUUCAAGCACGAACAAAAUACAAUUAAUCAGGGCAUGUAUUUACACCCCUAUUUCCUCCAGCGCAUGAAUGGCCUUGAUUUCUUCAGCAACUCAAACCUUAUCCUGACUAAGUCUGUUGGCAGCAUCGUGCAAAAUCCAGCUUUUGCUUACAUAAGCGCAGAACUUGUAUGGAAACUCGAGGAUGUGGAGCCUGGUCUCACCAUGCGGCACCCCGGGCCCAUUUCAGAGGCCACGGUGGAAAAAAUUCAACAGGAUGCCGACGUAAAGUGGCUUGGUGUAAGCUAUCAAGAGCUCAAAGUAAGUCUACUCAAUCAUCUUGACGCAAUGGGAUUCCAUGGCAUAGCAGACUUAUUAUUCACGUCGCUUAAACCUCUUGUAGGUCAAAGAACAAGCACCAGGAACGCUUUGUGAUAGGCAGUAUAUUAUACUGUCUCCCCAUUGGCUGCUUUCGGUGACAUCUUAUAGACAAACGCCAUAUGUUUGUGAGUGGGACAUAUUUGAGGUUCAGGGGAAUGAAAAGAAAG